CGAAAUUCUCCGAAUUCAGAGCUCGUGUAGCUGCAAAUAUGGUAACCAUUUUACAAGAAGCAGCAGCUUGUAAAUAAGUAAGUGCGUCUUUGCACCAAGUGAAAGCGUUACUUACCGUGGUUUUCGUGAAUGUUUCUCGUCUAAAAAGAUUAAACAUGAGCUCAAGAAGAGACAGCCUUCGAACUCGAAAAUCAGCAACCACAGAAAAAACACCAGUUCCAAGAAGAACAGGUUUACGUAACCGAUCAACCCCUAUUGUUAAGGAGAAUGAAGUAAAGAAGAAGCUAUCCUUAGAAACAUCAGAUGAUGAAUGUUCUGAGCAAGAUGAACUAAAAGACUUUCAAACAUCUGCAAGUCUUGAUAAUACUACAGAGGAGGUGGAAGUGGAUAGCCAGUCUGAUGAUGAACCCAUUAUAAAAGCGAGAGUUUUAACUGAUGAUCUUGACAGUGUUGGUCAUUCAAUAUAUGGAUUUAAAACACCAAAGAGGAAAGAAGCAAUUGCGAAAGCUGCUAACAGCGUUCAGAGAUUUCCCCUAAACUCUUCUCAACAACCAAAGACACCAAGUGAUAAAAAGUCUGUGGAGAGUUCAGUGGAUAAUAAAAAGCAAAAGAAGAAGACUUUACAUAUACAUGCUGUGAAUAUGAACAACAACAAUAUUGAUGAGAGUGAUGACGAUUCUUCACAUGCAAGUAGUGAAGAGACUGAAGACGAAGAAAGCGGAGUUACUGAUCAUAAGGAGAAUCACGAUUUGCUAGAUGAGUACUUUCAAGUACACCACACAAGUCACAAGUCAAUAACAUCUGAUAAAACACUAGCUAAACUUAGUAACCCGAAAAUGCAGCAAGACGAAUUGAAGCAACAUUUGAAAGACGUGCAAAGCUCUCACAUCAACGAAACUGUCAGACUGCAUAGUGAGAAAACUCUCCUCUUCGAUAAAUGGAUGUUUCAAUUGCUAUGUGGUUUUAACAUCUUGCUAUAUGGUUUUGGUUCAAAACGCGACCUUUUGGAACAGUUUCGCACACAUUGUCUUAAGAAAUGCUGGCAUCUUGUUAUAAAUGGAUUUUUUCCAAAUAUCACUGUGAAACAAAUAUUAAAUUUAAUAACAGAGGACAUAUUGGGCAAGGAUAUCUCCUUCAAAAAUAUUUCAGACCAGUACACAUUUAUAAAAAACGAGUUUAAUUCAGAUAUGAAAUCAAGAUUGUUUUUACUGGUCCACAACAUUGAUGGUCAGAUGCUGAGGUCUCAAAAUGCACAAAGUGCUUUAGGACAUCUUGCUUCUGCAAAGAAUAUCCACGUUAUAGCUUCGAUUGAUCAUAUCAACGCUCCUCUGAUUUGGGAUCAAAACAAAUCAAGCCAGUUCAACUGGUUAUGGUAUGAUUGCACAACCUUUGAACCAUACUCAGAAGAAACUUCGUACGAAAACUCGAUGUUAGUUCAACAAUCCGGGACAUUAGCACUAAGCUCUUUGACGCAUGUCUUGCGCAGCUUGACUCCUAACGCGUGUGGUAUAUUUAAACUGCUCGCAAAUUGUCAACUGGAUAACGAAGACAACACAAGUUAUCAAGGUCUUUCAUUCACAGAACUCUACACAAAAUGUCGGGAACGAUUUCUUGUAAACAGUGACUUAACGUUACGCGCUCAGCUCACUGAAUUCAAAGAUCACAAACUCAUCAAAACGAAAAAAGGCUUUGAUGGAGUAGAAUACUUGUCAGUAGCCUUAGACAUAUCUACUAUAAAACAAUACAUGGAAAACGACAAUACGUAGUGACCAACAUGAAACUUUGCCUGCUGUCAGUUUGUUGAUGUUGCGACUGAACCACUCAUCGUUUGGCUAAUCAUCAUUUAAAGGGUGAUGAUGAUGCUGGCAUAUGUAUGAUUUUUAUGACUUGUAUCACUCGGCGUUGUAAGAACGCGGACAAACACAUCAAUCGUUUUAUUCUACUAAGGUUUACAGUGGAACCUCUCUAAACGAGGAACUAUUUCAACCUGUAUUUAUUCCAGCGUGAAUAUAUCGGUUAAAUUUGACCUCCAUUGAGCGGCAUUGAUAAUAAAAUUUA